UGAAACUUUAAAGCAAAAAAGUAAUAAUUCAUUUUUCAUCAAAAAAUAAAUUUUUCAAUCAAUAAAUAAAAAAAAAAUGGAAGAAAAUGAAAAUGAACCUACAAAUGAGGGAUUUGACACUCCCAAAGAGGAUGAGGUGGAAAAAAAUCAGGAAUCUAAUGAAGAUUUUAUUAAUUCAGAGGAAGGUGAUGGAAUAAAAAAUCAGGCAGAUGAAAUUGAGGAAAAAAAUUCCAAAUUGAAAAAUAGAAAUAUCACAAAAAAGAAGAAGAAUGUGGACAACGAUGAUGAUAAUGAUGAAGAUUGUUGUACGACUAAAAAGAGAAUGAAAUUAGAGAAAGAAAAAAAAUGGAGAACUAUGAAUAUUUUUGAAAAGGAAUGUAAACCACCAAAAUCAAAUCCUGUUCCACGGCAUUGUAUAACAAAAAAAGAACAUCUCGAUAUCCUUGCAACUCCCAAACAAAUAUGUCCACCGCCUUGUUUACAAAAAACAGUGGUUCGAAAAUUAGCGCCAGUUUCACCUCGAAUUCUUCAACUUGCAAAACCAACAAGACAUCAUAUUUUAAGAACAAUUCAAGAUUGUUCUAAUACAUUGCCACCAUUAUUAUUACAUAAUUUGAUAACAAUGCUUGAAACUGAAUCAUCACUAUCUCCAGAGCAGACGAGUAAAUUGUUACGUGACAAAAAAUGUCGUCCAAAGAGAAAAAGGAAAAAAUCGAGACGACAUGCAAAAUGUAAAAAAAAUGAAAUUGAAAAACAAAUGAUAAACAAUAACAAUCAACCACAAUAUGAUCCUGUGGCAGUGUGCUGUCAAUAUCAAAUGGCGGAAAAAUUUGUAAAAAGCAUACUUGAUUGGCAAAGUCCAAUGGCAAAAGAAGAGUAUCAGGAUAUUGGAGAAAUUAUUCUUCGACGUUUGAGUCGAAUAUUAGAUUACACACCGACAAAUGGUAAUGGUGAUCGUCGUUCUCAACAAAUGCAUUUUCUCGCCGAUAUUAUUUCCUCUUGGAUUUUGGGUGUCAAUAGUGAAGUUGCCGAGGCACAUCGGGAAAGUGAAGAAGAACGAGCGAGAAGACAACGUGAGGAAGAUGAGGAGGAAACUGAUGACGAGGAUAAUAUUCGAGACGAUGGACUCUAUAAAGAUGAUGACAGUGACGACGACGAUGAUGAUAAUGAUGAUGGUGAUGAUAAGGGUGAUAAAGGUGAAAAAGGUAAAGGAAAGGAGGAUGAGGAAGAGAAGGUUAAGGACGAAGAUGAUGGAGAAGAUAAGAAAAGUGAUCGGCAGAAAUCCGAAAGCACAGUGUAUGAAGAUGCACAAAUGGAAUUAGAAGACAAAGGUGUUCAAAAAGUACCGGAAGUAGAGGAAACUGAGUCUCAAAUACAACCUGAAGUAGCGGAAAAAGAAACGGAAGUUGAUGCACAAUUGGCAGAGGAAGAUGAAACGAAGGCAGUUAAUGAGAUUAUUGAUGAACCCACAGAGGAUACUAAAGAAUUGGAUGAUGAAGAUGCUAAAGAAGCAGAUGAGGAUAAAACGAUAGAAGCAGAUGAGGCUGCAAAAGCAGAAGAUGACAAAGGUAAAGAAACUGAAGAACAAAAUGCAGAAGAAGAAGAAGAAGAUGAAGCAAAACCCAAAGCAGAUAAGGAAGAUACAGAAACAGAUAAAGAAGACGAAAAACCAGAAACCGAUGGAAAAUACGAUUCACUAAAACUUUUUCAAACCGAUUUGCCCUUCAUUAAUUUUAUGCAGAUAUUCAGUACCAUUUACAAAACAAUGGAAGCCGAUGAGGAAAAUAUGGGACAAGAUCCAAUAGUAAAUCGUAUACAUCGGGCUAUUUAUGAAAAAUGUUACAAUGCAGUGAUGCUCGAUGAUUCUGAAUUAAUGACAAAUAAUGCAAAGGAUCUCAUUGAUGUGAUGACAGGAAAAAUUGCCAUUUGGUUAAGUAAAAUUUUAACUGAAUCACAAGUAAAUCUAAUGAAUAAAUAUCCAGCGCAAGUUGAAUCAUUUGAAGUUCGUGAUUGGUCAAAAUGGUUGAAUCAUACGUCAAAAACGGCAAAAAAUUGGAGUGUUUGGCUACAGUCACUUAUUAAGGAAAUUCAAAAAAUGCAAGACGGACAAGUGAGUCGUGGUGAAUGGUCAGAUUGGACAAAACAAGUUGAUACAGACGCAGCACUUUGGCGACGAUUUUAUUUAGAUGCCAUGCAUCAAGCACAUCAUAAUGUAAUGAUGAUGGGGGGUCGUGAAAUUGUGAAAAGUGGCGAGAAACAUUAUCCCGAAUUAGAAAAGGAAAUAAGAACUGUUGAUUUAUGAGGGCAACAGGUGGAAAAAUAGAAUUCUUCCUUUGUGAAUUCAUUUUCAUUUGUCUUCCAAUUUUUUUUUUUUUUACUUUGAUUUUAGGGUGAAUUUGGAGAACUGGGUUUAUGAACUGAAUGUGGUUCGAAUUUGCGGUUAAUUUUGAUUAAAGGAUUUUGGUGCUAUGAAAUAUGAAAAAAUUAAUUGAUACUGAUGAAUUAUUAGCUUAGUUAAAUUGUACAAGAAUUGAGUUAAAUUAAAGCUCCAAUUAAUAAUUAAUAAAGUGGAGCUUAAUUUAUCUUAAUUCUUGAAUUAAUCAAACUGAUAGUAUUUUUUUUAUCAUAUUUAAUGGAUUAACAGUGAAAUUUUAACCAAAGCUAACUAAAUUCGAAACUCAUUGGGUUCGAAUCCGGUUUUCCAAUCCGCCAAAGUUGGAAUUAGUCUAUUUUUAUGAAUUACAAAUUUCUUUAAAUCAAAUUUGUGUUGAAAUUUUUUACAAAUAUACUAAUAGUUAAUAGUAAUCUGAAUUAGCGUUGCUUUGCAUUCAGUCUUCAAGUGCGCGUGCGCGCGGCUAGUAAAUAGUGGUGGGGAGAAUACGAUCCUCCCCACUCCUUCAUUUCGGCACUCGUAAUAUUCUCAAGUUAAAAAAUACAUUUUGAUCGGAAUAAUUAAAUAACUUUUUAUUUCUUUUGAAAUGUAUUUCUAAAAGAUUUAUUAAUCACCUAAUAUAAUACAUAAAAAAAAGGAUAAUUAUUUUUUAUUUAUUUAAAAAUUUAUUAUAUUAUACAGAUUAUGAAUACAUUUUGUAAUAUUUACGACGUUCAAUGUAUAAUUAUAUCACAUUCAGUUAAAAUACAAUAAAUCAAAUCUU